AUGAGUCCGAACAGCUCAUCCGGAUUACAUCAACUGCUCCUAGGUCUGAAUGACUUGGAAAGGAGGAAAAGAGCCGUCUCUGAUAAUAUCCAGCGAAGGAUCAAAUCAGCCAAUAUGGUCCCUGCCGAGAACGAGUUGCUUUUUCAGAUGGUGGCUCGGAAUUUUCGCGAGUUCAAUACGAAGUUCCUUGUAGGGAAAAAGCGGGGGAAUACCUCCCGUCAACGACUUCUCGAAUAUUGGGCUGCACAGAUCACCGCUCUUGGAUUCAGUUCACGUUCACCGGAACAGAUCCACGAAAAAGUCCGUAAAGCUGUAGAUAGAUGCCGCCGAAGUAUAAUUAUCGAAAAGCGAGCGGCUCUGCGUGGACUACCGGAACCACACCAUAGCGACAUUCCCUAUUAUUUGGAACCACUCAAGCAGGUGCUGCUAUCGGAGGCUGAAGAAGCUCAAGCUGCUCGUCCUACGAUGGUCACGGUGGAUGAUGACGAUGGGUACUGUGACAGCAAAGAAGCUGUUCAGAAUGAAAUCAGAGCAAUGAAUGCACAACGUCCUACCUCGACACCAUCGUUUGAUACUCGAUCAUUCAAAUUGCCUAGUUCGUCACAGCCUGGAAGCUCCGACCUCCCAUCCAGAUCUACUCCUGAAACAGAUAAUGGCCCUUUGGGGGCAUUCUCGUCCCUAUUCGAUGACGCGCCUUCGACAUCGUCCAUGUCAUGUAUGGAUAAGUGA